UCGCCGGAAGUGAAGGCUUCCCGGUGGCCAACGUGGUGACUUUGGCUAGCGCGACUCCGCUAGAAACGCCGCUUUUGCCUUUAAAUUAGCCGCAUGCAUGCACCACUCGAUCGCGCACCAACGAACUAGGCAAGAACAAUUACUCACCAUGGAACUCUCCUCGACCUCAUCCCUUCCCCUUCUCCUCCUCCUCCUUCCUCUCCUAGUCGUACCUCUUCUUUACUUGUAUCUGCGGCGGCAGGAGCCCAUGAAGCAGCCUUGUGCCCAUGGACUCAAGGUCUACCCAAUCCUAGGCACACUGCCGCACUUGCUCAAGAACCAAGACCGCUUCCUCGAGUGGUACACCGGCGUGAUGCAGAGCAGCCCUACCCAUACCCUGGUGUUCAAGGUGUCGGGUCUCGCCGGCGAAGCCAUCACGGCCGACCCGGCAAACGUGGAGCACAUACUCAGGGCUAACUUUGGGAAUUACCCCAAGGGCGAGCUUACGGUGUCCAUGUUCGAGGACUUUCUUGGCCACGGCAUCUUCAACUCCGAUGGGGAGCAGUGGCUGUGGCAGCGCAAGGCCGCUAGCUACGAGUUCAACAAGCGCUCCCUUAGGAACUUCGUCGUCGAUGUCGUCCGUUUCGAGGUUGUUGACCGGCUGGUGCCGCUGCUGGAGCGCGCGGCGCGCGACGCGCAGACCCUCGACCUGCAGGACGUGUUGGAGCGCUUUGCGUUCGACAACAUCUGCCGCGUGGCCUUCGGCCAGGACCCAGCCUGCCUCGCCGUCGCCGAGGAGGGCAUGGCCGCGCACCAGAGCGCGGCGGAGUUCAUGGCCGCGUUCACCGUCGCGCAGGACACCAUCGUCGCCCGGGUCUUGUCCCCUACCAAGUGGAUGUGGCGGGUCAAGAGGCUGCUCGACAUGGAGCCGGAGAGACGGAUGCGCUCCGCGCUCGCCAACAUCCACCGCUACUCCGAGCAGAUCGUCCGUGACCGCAGGGAGGCUGGGCGGGCGCGCAGAGACGACUUGCUGUCCCGCUUCGCCGCAGCUGGCGAGCACAGCGAUGAGAGCCUCCGCGACGUGGUCACCAACUUCAUCCUCGCCGGCCGCGACACUACCUCGUCGGCGCUGACCUGGUUCUUCUGGUUACUGUCCACGCGGCCCGACGUGGAAGCCAAGAUCAUGCGCGAGAUCCGCGCUUCAGGCCAGGGCACGGCGAAUUUCAGCUUGGACGAGCUGCGCCAAAUGCACUACCUCCACGCGGCCAUCACCGAGUCGAUGCGGCUGUACCCGCCGGUGGCUGCCGACGUGCACAGCUGCAAGGAGGACGAUGUCCUUCCGGACGGCACGUUCAUCGCUAAAGGGUGGCUGAUGACAUACUGCGCCUUCGCGAUGGCUCGGCUGGAGAGCAUCUGGGGCGAGGACUGCGAGGAGUUCCGGCCGGAGAGGUGGCUUGACGGGGAGGGCGUGUUCCGGCCGGCGAGCCCGUUCAAGUACCCAGUCUUCCACGCGGGGCCGAGGAUGUGCCUCGGAAAAGAGAUGGCCUACAUACAGAUGAAGUACAUCGUGGCGUGCGUGUUGGAGAGGUUCAGCCUCCGGUACGUCGCCGGCAAGGGGCAUCCGAAGCUCGUAAUGUCAAUGACGCUGCGGAUGAGAGGCGGCUUGCCAAUGCAGGUGAAGAACAAGGGAGGCUAGCUAGCUCGACUGCUAGCUUGGAAUAGUCUGUUUUCAUUGCAAAUCACAGUUGCUCUCUACUCCAGUUUCUAGCGCUCUUGUAUCGUACUACUUGUAAUAAUGUAUAUCACUAUUAUGCUUCCUUUAUAAUGUAUUGUACUGGAGGCUACUCCAUUUAAAAUUUUACUAUGCUUCUAAUAAUGUAUAUCAUUACUCGCGUGGACUAUUUAUAUUUACAUCAAUGGAAAUAAGAUUAUUGCAUUGAUACUUACUGCUUUUUUUUUGCGAAUCUACUGCUUUUUGCUAGGAUGAUAAUUUGUUUCUAAUUUUUUUUUGUGAAUCUAUGCUAUAAAAUAUGUAUAUAUACGCCCGUAUGUAGUCUUUAUUGAAAUCUCUAAAACGUCUUAUAUUUGAAAACGGAGGGAGUAAAAAAGUAUCCUACGACCGAGCUGGCCCCUAGACACCGGAUUCCCAUUUCAAAAGCCUCCCGUGCAUGUAAAUUUUACCCGCAAAUAUUGAGUUCUGAACUUUUUUGGGGGUACAUAUUGUAGAAGGAAUAGAGAAGGAGAUUGACGUAAUGCGGUGGAUUAUAUUGUUGUAUUGCUUGAGCCUCGUCGACAUGUAUAUAGGAGUACAUGAUCAACUUGAAGAACAAGACAAGUUAGAACAAAUCUUAAUAUAUCCUAUACUUUCUAAUAAUCACAAUACUCAACAUCCCCCGCAGUCACAAAGGUAGCGACGCAGACGGUGAGACUGGAGAAGAAUCCUCAGGUAAGCUGACGAACACCAUCCCCCCUCCCCCCAGUCGUAACGAUCGAUGCAUCUCAGAAGAUGUGGCUAGAGUGAAAACCGAUGAGAUUACUCAAGCAAGUGGGCCCUUUGUGCCGAUGUCAAUGUAGCCGAGAGCGUAGGAUGGUGUAUCCAUGUUCGAGGUAGCCAUGCGAGGGAUGACACGGUCGAUGUUGAGUUAGUUGCCAUGGCGCCGCGGGCUCAAGGAUGCGUCGUGUUAUUCAUGGGAGCAGUGGUGUCGAGGUAGUGGUGCGCCGGGAAGAAGACAGUGUUGAUGAGUCGUCACGCCAGGUUUGUCAAGGCCGGGGACACGUCGUGGACGAAGGCACGCGUCGUUGUUGCCAGCAUCGGCAUCCGUAGAUGGAGGAAGUCGAUGUUGACGAGGUGCCACACCCGGCUUACCAGGCCCAAGGACACGACAUGGACGAAGGCACACGUCGGUGUUGCCAGCACUGGGCAUGCCUAGAUGAGGACCCGCACGAGUUGUACGCCAUUGUAACACCCCUAUGUAAGGAGCUACAGUGAUCAUCAUCAUAAAGCUAAGCUACUUUGAUUAACUAGUCUUGGUCAUCGUUCAUUCAUAUCUCAUUUCAAAUUCCACUUCAAAUCAAAUUCAAAUUUUAAGAGAAAUUAAGAAUUUCACAAAUAAGAAACUAAAAAGUUCAUGCAAUGGCAAAUAAUCAUUGAAUAAUUUUCAUGGUGAAACCAACAUUUUAUAAAGUAAUUAAAUACCCUAAAACAAUUAAAACAGGGGUCAAAAAUAUUUUAAUUGCUUUUACAAUUAUAAGAAUUCCAAACUAAUUUAAAAGCCUCCCAAACUUUUUGUGGCAUUGUCCAAAAUUGCACUUUAAAUAAUGGGCCAAGUUCCUAUUUUUACUAAGCCUAUUUGCUAGUUAAAAUAAUUACAAAACUGAAUUAAAUUAAAGAAAACAGAAAAAUAAAAAGAAAAAGAAAAGUGGCACAGCGCCGGCCCAGCC